AUGGCGCCUCACGCAACCAACGGCGAUGAGCCGAUCAUAACAGCCUUCAAUGCUGAUGUCGUCCCACAAGCACCUGAGGAUCCGCUGUUUGGGUUGAUGGCGGCGUACAGGAAAGACACAGAUUCGAAGAAGGUAGAUCUGGGUAUUGGCGCAUACAGAGACGACAACGCAAAGCCUUGGGUACUCCCAGUGGUGAAAGCGGCCGAUGACCUCCUACGCAAAGACCCAGAUCUCAACCACGAAUACCUACCAAUUGGCGGCCUCGCCGACUUCAAUUUCGCCUCUCAAAAGCUCAUUCUUGGCAAGGACUCGGCAGCGAUCCAGGACAAGCGAGUGAUCUCCCUGCAGACCAUCUCAGGUACCGGUGCUGUACAUCUCGGCUCUGCAUUCAUCUCAAGGUUCUACAAUCCACAAUCGGCGGAGGCCAAGGCGAUAUACUGUUCCUCGCCAACAUGGGCCAACCACAACCAGAUCAUCACAAACGUCCACUUGCCAGUGAAGACCUACCCAUACUUCUCCAAAGAGACGAAAGGUCUAGACUUUGAUGGCAUGAUCAAGGCGAUUGAGAGCGCAGCCGAAGGCAGUGUUAUACUUCUCCAUGCCUGCGCACACAACCCCACAGGCGUAGAUCCCACACGAGACCAAUGGACCAAGAUCGCACACGUCAUGAGACAGAAACGCCACUUCCCUUUCUUCGACUGCGCGUACCAGGGCUUCGCCUCAGGUUCACUCUCCACCGACGCAUGGGCAAUCAAUUACUUCGUAGACCAAGGCUUCGAACUUAUGAUCGCUCAAUCAUAUGCCAAGAACUUCGGCCUGUACGGUGAGCGAGCAGGCUGUUUCCAUUUCGUUGCAGCUCCAUCCGCAAACGCACAAGACGAGGUUGCGCGAGUAGGCAGCCAACUCGCGAUCCUCCAGCGCUCCGAGAUCUCCAACCCACCCGCUUACGGCGCCCGAAUCGCGAGUAUGGUUCUCAACGACGACAAGCUCUUCUCGCAAUGGGAGGAAGAUCUGCGUACGAUGUCUGGUCGUAUCAUCUCCAUGCGCAAGGCGCUGAAGUCGAAGUUGGAUGAGCUGGAGACGCCGGGGAAAUGGGAUCAUAUCACGGAGCAGAUUGGUAUGUUCUCGUUCACAGGGUUGAACGAGCAGCAGGUGGGGAAGUUGAGAGAGAAGUUUCACGUAUACAUGACGAAGAAUGGACGGAUAUCGAUGGCGGGGUUGAACACGAAGAAUGUGGAGUAUUUCGCAAAGGCGCUGGACAGUGUUGUGAGGGAGACGUCUUAG